GAAUUCUUUUUCCUGUUUUUCUUUAAUCGGUAGAAUGCUCAAGCAAAGUGGGGUUCUUGCUUGGGUCACUCACAUGCACUCCCAGCUUCAGUAAAGAGGGUUUAACUGUGAGUGUAAAGACAAACCCCAUUUUCUUUGUUUUGAGCAAUCCUUUACGCCUUCCAUUAAAGAGAAAUCUCAAGUUUUCCACUCUCUAAUCAGCUUAGUCACUUCUCUUAGGGUUUUUGGGUGGCUAAAUCUUUUGGUCCCAUCUUCUUUAAUGCCCUCUACUUCUUUAUCUGUAGACCCAUUUCUCCAUUUCUCUUAUUUUAUUCUUCUUGGGUUUGCUUUGCUCACUGCACUGUGUCUCAAGGCAGUGAGAAAAGGUAUGGAGUAGUUUUAUGCUCUUUGAAAUCCCAAGUUUUUGUUUUUUCUUGAGGGGAUUGGUUAAGGGUGUGGCUGCAUUGCUCUGAAAAAAGGGGUUUUGUGAGGAAAUGCUGUACUGUGCUCAUAUCUCUGAAGAUACAAGGCUGGUGUUGUUUAUUUUGCUUGUUUAGGCAUAUUGGUUUAUUUGCUGUUGAAGAUUAGAAUGUGUGUGGUGGUUUUGGUUGGAAUGCCCUCGAGAUUCUGCAUUUCUGUAUUUGGGUUCUGUGCUUGCUGUUGAGUUUUGUUGCUGUAUGUUCUUUGCUUUAUUUUGUAAAGUUGUGGGCUUGAGCUUGCUACUUGUAAGAAUCUAAAAAUUGGGGGUUGUCUUGGAUUUGUUGUUUUCCUGAAAAGUGAUUUUUGGGGUAAAUCUGUUGGUUCUUUUGCUUUCUGAGUAGCAUUGAAAUGAGGGCCUUAAGGAUUUUGGUGGUGUCCCUCUUGCUUGUUUCUGCCAUGGCUCAGCUCCCUUCACAAGAUAUCUUGGCUCUGCUUGAGUUCAAGAAGGGUAUCAAGCAUGAUCCAACAGGGUUUGUUGUUAGCUCAUGGAAUGAGGAGUCCAUUGAUUUUGAUGGCUGUCCUUCUUCUUGGAAUGGGAUUGUCUGCAACAGUGGAAGUGUUGCCGGAGUGGUGUUGGAUAAUUUGGGACUUUCUGCUGAUGUAGAUUUGAAUGUGUUUUCAAACCUCACGAAACUUGCAAAGCUUUCCUUGUCGAACAACUCGAUAACAGGGAAGAUGCCAGACAAUAUAGCUGAGUUUCAAAGUCUAGAGUUUCUUGAUAUUUCGAAUAACCUUUUUUCUUCAUCCUUACCAGAGGGGAUUGGUAAGUUAACUAGCUUGCAGAACCUAUCAUUGGCUGGCAACAACUUCUCGGGUAAUAUUGAUCCAAUUGCUGAUCUUCAAUCAAUCCUAUCACUGGAUUUGAGUCGUAACUCGUUUUCUGGCUCUCUGCCUACAGCAUUGACUAAACUGACAAACUUGGUAUAUCUAGAUCUAUCUUUCAAUAGUUUUACUAAGAGGAUUCCAAAGGGUUUUGAGCUCCUUUCAGAGCUUGAGGUGCUUGACUUGCAUGGUAAUAUGCUUGAUGGCACACUAGAUGUCCAGUUUUUCACUUUGUCUGGUGCCACUCAUGUUGACUUCAGUAACAACAUGCUAACGAGCUCUGACAAGGAGCAUGGGAAGUUUUUGCCUCGACUUUCUGAUUCCAUCAAGCAUUUAAACCUAAGUCACAACCAGCUUACUGGAUCAUUGGUUAAUGGAGGCGAGGUAUCACUGUUUGAAAACUUGAAAACGUUGGAUUUAAGUUACAAUCAGCUUUCAGGAGAGCUACCUGGUUUUAGUUUUGUGUAUGAUCUCCAAAUCUUGAAACUGAGCAACAAUAGAUUUUCUGGAGAUAUUCCUAAUAACCUAUUAAAAGGAGAUGCUUCAGUUUUAACUGAACUGGAUUUGAGCGCCAACAAUCUUUCAGGGUCAGUAAGUAUGAUCACAUCAACCACCUUACGCGUCCUCAAUUUGUCGUCCAAUCAGCUUACUGGUGAACUUCCAUUGCUGACUGGAAGUUGUGUUGUGCUUGAUCUCUCAAACAACAAAUUUGAGGGAAAUUUAACGAGGAUCAUAAAGUGGGGGAACCUUGAAUUCCUUGAUCUCAGUCAGAAUCUUUUGACAGGGCCAAUACCUGACGUAACUCCACAGUUCUUGCGGUUAAAUUUUCUAAACUUGUCCCAUAAUACUCUGAGUAGUUCACUCCCGAGUGCUAUUACCAAGUAUCCGAAGCUUCAAGUCCUUGAUCUGAGCUUUAACCAGUUUAAUGGACCUUUGUUGGCUGAUUUGCUCACAAUCUCCACUUUGGAAGAGCUCUAUCUGGAAAGUAAUUUACUCAGCGGCGCUGUUAAGUUCUUGCUUCCUUCCCCAGGUCAAGCUAACCUUGAGGUUCUCGAUCUUUCUCAUAAUCAGCUCAAUGGCUAUUUUCCUGAUGAAUUUAUAUCUUUAACUGGCCUUACAAUGCUGAAUAUUGCUGGAAACAAUUUUUCUGGAUCCUUGCCUACGUCUAUGUCCGAUCUGAGUGCAUUGAUCUCAUUAGAUAUAUCACAAAAUCAUUUCACAGGUCCCCUUCCAAGCAACUUGUCAAGUGAUAUUCAGAACUUCAAUGUUUCAUCUAAUGAUCUUUCGGGAACUGUCCCUGAAAAUCUGAGAAAAUUUCCACGUUCUUCAUUCUAUCCUGGAAAUUCUAGACUGAUUCUUCCAAAUAGUCCUGGAUCAAGCAAUAAUCCAGAUGGUAAAUCAGGGAGAAAGAAAAUGAACACAAUUGUAAAAGUAAUAAUAAUUGUCUCAUGUGUGAUUGCAUUGGUUAUUAUUAUCCUCCUUGCUAUUUUCUUUCAUUACAUCUGCAUAUCAAGGAAAAAUCCUCCUGAGCUUGCCAGUACUAAGGACACUCAUAGACGUAGUUCUCUAAGCUCCUCCGGCAUUGGUGGAACUGGAGCCGGUAGCAAUCUGGUUGUUUCAGCUGAGGACCUUGUGACUUCAAGGAAAGGGUCAUCAUCUGAGAUAAUCAGCCCCGAUGAGAAACUAGCAGCAGGAACUGGUUUCUCCCCAGCGAAGAACAGUCAUUUCUCUUGGUCACCUGAAUCAGGCGAUUCAUUUACUGCUGAAAACCUUGCAAGACUGGAUGUGAGAUCACCUGAUCGUUUGGUUGGUGAACUUCAUUUUCUUGACGAUUCAAUCUCAUUGACACCAGAGGAACUAUCAAGAGCUCCAGCUGAAGUGUUAGGGAGAAGCAGCCAUGGAACUUCUUACAGGGCAACACUAGAGAGUGGGAUGUUCUUGACGGUUAAGUGGUUGAGAGAAGGUGUAGCGAAGCAGAGAAAGGAAUUUGCUAAGGAGGCUAAAAAGUUUGCAAAUAUCAGGCAUCCGAACGUCGUUGGCUUAAGAGGGUAUUAUUGGGGGCCUACACAGCAUGAGAAGCUCAUUCUUUCGGACUAUAUCUCACCUGGAAGCCUUGCAGUCUUUCUAUAUGAUCGCCCGGGAAGAAAAGGUCCUUUGACAUGGGCUCAAAGGCUCAAGAUAGCCGUUGAUAUAGCACGUGGCCUGAACUAUCUCCAUUUCGAUCGAGCUGUUCCACACGGGAAUCUUAAAGCAACAAAUGUACUACUAGAUGGAGCAGACCUGAAUGCUCGAGUAGCUGAUUAUUGCCUUCAUCGCCUCAUGACUCAUGCUGGCACCAUUGAACAAAUUCUCGACGCUGGGGUCUUAGGCUACCGCGCCCCAGAGUUGGCAGCUUCCAAGAAGCCACAGCCCUCCUUCAAGUCUGAUGUCUAUGCAUUUGGAGUGAUACUUUUGGAACUUCUAACUGGAAGAUGUGCCGGUGAUGUGAUCUCUGGUGAAGAGGGAGGAGUUGAUCUAACAGAUUGGGUGCGUUUACGGGUGGCCGAAGGGCGGGGCUCUGACUGUUUCGAUACCUUAUUAUUACCCGAAAUGAGCAAUGCAGCAGCAGAGAAGGGUAUGAAGGAGGUGCUCGGUAUAGCUUUACGAUGUAUUCGAACGGUAUCCGAAAGACCAGGUAUCAAGACUAUAUAUGAAGAUCUUUCCUCCAUAUAGAUAGAGUGGAGUUUCUUUUGUUUGAUAUAUUUUUUUUUUCUUCUUUAAUUGGGAAUUUAAUGUCUCAUUAGCUUCUCAUUUCUGAAUUAGAUUAGGCUCUCUUUUUUGAGGUAGAUGAAGGAAGAGCUUCUUCCAUUCCCUCAGUUUCAUUGACCUUGUUAGUGUAAUCAGUUGUACUGAAAGUUGUAAAAAAAGAACAUGCUUUGAUGGAUACAAGAAAUUCCCACCUUUUGUCCCAUCCCACCGGGCUA